GAUUCCCCCAGAACAAAAAAUAUUUGUGUUGCCUGCAAAUAAUACUAAUUUUGAUAUAUCAGAUGCCUAUAAUAUAGUUGUUUAGAGCAGCACUGAAGCCCUCAUGUAAGUAAUUCCACCUUUGAAGAAUUUGAAGCUCUGUGGCCAGUAUGGGGCUUGAACCCAUGACCUUGGUAUUUGUAGCACCAUGCGCUAACCAGCUGAGCUAAUUGGCCAAACAAAACAAACGGCUAAAUGAAGCACCUUUCCUCCACAAUCAGAGAAAAAAAGAAGGUUCAAGCUGUGAAGCUGGUGUCAUCAGCAACAACAUGCUAAGCUAAGCUGACUGCUCAAAGCACGGGUCUUCUUCAGCUGCUGAGAAUUUAGAGCUAAUUCCUCUGGAACCGAAAAAUGGCAAAAACUGCAGUUCCUGUGAUGUCCACCAGAGGCUGCAGCAAUGAGCCAAACACCAAAGACUCGCAUGUUAAAAUGUGACACUGAGGAGUCAGUCAGUCCACAUGAUGCACACCAUGGCCAGUUUGGCCUAACCUAAUACUCUGACGUUGAGAGUGAGGGGGCGGGGCCAGAUUAGAGGGUUCACAGAUGAAGGUCAUCAGCACAGGUUUGAAACGCUUCACUUCAGGGUCACUGAGUUUUAUUUUGAAAGUGCUGACCGGAAGCGGUGCUGUUCAUGACUGAGGAAUGACAGUGUGGGAGCAUCCUGACGUCUUCUGUCGGAGCACAAAGUGGAAACGCACCUCCUCCUACUCCUCUUCCUCCUCAUGAUGCACGAGCACGCGCUUCAUCCUCUCAGAGCCGUUUGAUUUCAUGUCGGUUUGUUUCCGGUUGGGCUCUAACGGAGAUCUCUUUUGUCCGAUGGCCUCCUCCUCCUCCGUCCUCAGCAUCAGCACCACCGCCGGAGGGCCGUCGGGCCAGUCAGGACGGCCGGGAUUGAACCAGCAGCAGCUCUGCCGGAAGCUCUGCUGAGGAGGCCCGACUGACCGUCAAGCGUUCGCCUUUACCGAGUGCAGAACAGCAGGACCUUUCGUCGCAAGUGGCUUCACCAUGACAGAGCAGAGAUUCAGCGACAUGACCGGAUGAAACCUGAAAGAACCACGAUGGAGAGCAGGAGGAGGCGGGAUGUCGACAGGAAGGAGAAUUAGGACAGAAACAGCAGCAAAAUCCAAAAGCUGGUGUUUUCUUUUUCUGCCCAAAGGUUAGAGGACUUUCUGGACUUUGAGGACUUUCAGCUUCCCGAGAGCCGAUGAUGUAAAAGAAGACAGCGGUGAUGAUUGUCCCUCUAUAAGCUGCAGCGGCAGAUUGUGCAACAUACACAUGAUUGUCCUCUGCUCACAGGAAAGCAUCAAAGAGUUCCUCGUCCUUUAGCUGAAAUCUGACAUCACACGUCACAAACGCACAGCAAAUACGAUUGUGUUACUGAUACAAAGGGCACACUAACCAUCCUGCAGGUGUUACAGGGUGGGCAAACCAUUUUGGGCAUCGGGAGUAGAUCCAGAGGGAGACCCCAUGAUGUCUCACCUACACGCCGGCCUGAGCUCGGAGACGACGGAGAAAGCUCGACUGGAGCUGAACGAGAACCCGGACACUCUGCACCAGGACAUCCAGCAGGUUCGGGACAUGAUCGUGACGAGGCCAGACAUCGGUUUCCUGCGGACGGACGACGACUUCAUCCUUCGCUUCCUCCGAGCCAGAAAGUUCGACCAGAUGGAAACCUUCAGGCUGCUGGCCCAGUACUUCCAGUUCAGACAGCAGAACCUCGACAUGUUCCAGAGCUUCAAGGUGGAUGACCCGGGCAUUAAGCGAGCGCUGAUGGACGGAUUCCCGGGCGUGCUGGAGACUCCGGAUCAGCACGGUCGGAAAAUCCUCAUCCUGUUUGCUUCCAACUGGGACCAGAGCAGGAACUCCUUCACUGACAUCCUGCGGGCCAUCCUGCUGUCUCUGGAGGUCCUGAUAGAAAACCCGGAGCUCCAGAUCAACGGCUUCAUCCUCAUCAUCGACUGGAGCAACUUCUCCUUCAAACAGGCCUCCAAGCUCACGCCCAACAUCCUCAAACUGGCCAUAGAAGGCCUCCAGGACAGUUUCCCGGCUCGCUUCGGAGGAAUCCAUUUUGUGAAUCAGCCCUGGUACAUUCACGCCAUGUACACCAUCAUCAAGCCGUUCCUCAAAGACAAGACCAGGAAGAGGAUCUUCCUCCACGGCAACAACCUGAACUCGCUCCACCAGCUCAUCCAUCCCGAGUGUUUGCCGUCCGAGUUCGGUGGGACGCUGCCGCCGUACGAUAUGGGCAUCUGGGCGCGAACGCUGCUGGGACCCGACUACAAUGACGAGACCGAGUACACGCUCACCUACGACGCCCUGCACGUCAGGGAGAACUGUGGAGGAGGAGGAGACAAGGACAUGAUGAAGAGGUCUCAGUCGGCGGUGGAACCAGGAACUCUGCGACAGACGGACAGAGAGACCAGCACACCGCUAUUGGCCCUGGACUGAACACACGCACACACACAGCAUCCACGUUAACACACACACACACACACUCAGGACCAGCUGUGGAUUAAGCUGGUGUUUUGCCCUCCCGUCCUGUUGAUCUGAACUCUGACAGUGAACUUCCUGAACAGCACACACACACACACACACACACACACACACACACACACACACACACACACACACACACACACACACACACACAGUCUGACCUGUCUCUGAGCCGUCCAAUGCCUCUCAGCUGAGCCUCUCUCCAGCCAGCAGCAUCUGUCCUGAUGUUCACAACAACAAACAGCAGCAACACAAACACACAAAUCAAACGUGUGUGUGUGUGUGUCAUUGUCUGUUGUGCACCAGCGGCGUGCGUUUAUCUCGUGACUUCACAUACGUGACAGGAUGAAGUUUCUGUGAACAGAGUCAGAAACAAACAAACAAAAAGGGCCAAAUGUGACGGAGUUGAAACUUUAUGUAAAACCUCACAAAGACGUUGCUAUGGAGAAACGGUUACAAUCAAAUUUAGAUUUAAGAGGGUUGCACCAACAAGGUUCAUUUAAACAUUGACAACAUUCAGUGACAACAUUAAAUCCAGUUCUUCUGUUAUUUAGUUUUCUAACAAAGAAAACUACUGCUCCCAUUUUGCUUCCAGGGAUAAAAACAGGAAGUACAAGGUUGCCAUGGAAUCAGUCCAAUAGCUGAAUUCAGUAUUAGCAGUUACUGUUUGCAGUGUGUGCAUAAAUGUGCAGGUAGCUGUUGCUGGGUUACUGCGAUACCGAAGGAAGCUUAAAAUCGUGGUUAUUCUCAAGGAAGUUCUGCAGGCAGUUUGUUUUGGUCGUUUAUCCAAAACGCCAAACAUCGUUGUAGCGAUAUGUGAGUCACGCUGAAGCUGCUUCAUGUCUGUGUUUCUGGAUUCAUCGAGUCAUAACUCGAAAAGCUUUUUAUGAGCAAUAAUGCACAUUUGUGCAAGUUAAUUAAAUUAGCGGCGUUAUAUCUGGAUUUUUUCUGGGAUUUUAUAAAAUAAAGCAAAUAUACUUUAUAAUAGACAAAAAAGCCACUCAAUUUAAAUUUCACAAGUCAGUUUUUCUAUCACUGAACAGAUCUGCGACGUGUCUGAGUAAAAGUGGAGAUAAAAACGAAAAUAUGAGACAUUUUUAAAUGUUUUAGAUCACAUUAAAGAUUUAUUAUCGCUAAAAAUCUACAUAGGGUUAUUAUAUUUAGCACAUAAGAUAUUUUUGUAGUGUAGCUAUUAAAUGUACUGUUAAGCUUACACCCACCCAUUUGUUACUGCUGCAGUAUACAGCUGAUAUAGUAAAUUAAACAACUCGAAAUCUUUAAUAAUAUCAAGAAUAAAAUAAAGAGUGUUUUAAUAAAAUAAUAAUUGAACAGCUUGGGUUUAUUUUUGACAUCACAGCACGUCUGAAUCUUUAAGAAAAAGCCUCUGUGGCUUCUCAGCAGCUAAACAGCUAAAUGCGUCGGUGGAGCCCAAAAACGGAGCAAAAAGAGACCAAGUACUAAAUUCAUGGCGUGGAGACAGAUACCAGUUCAGAUGUCUGAAAUGCAGCGCGUGCUCUGCUGCCCCCCAGUGGUCAAACUGCAGUAAAAGCUGCUUUAAAGAAACAUUUUGAAUAAAUUUAAACGCGAGUCUGUGUUUAAAGGAAAUCCUUUUUGGUGAAACCCAACCUUCAAACCUCUGAAUGUGAAAAUAAGCUUUUAGUUUUUAUGAUCUUUAUCUGAAUAUGAACGAAAACUGUUUAAUUUGAGCCAAAUCUUUCUGCAGCUUUGGGAAAAUCUCCGUAGGAAAGAAAGGAAGUGCAGGCGGGAACGUUCCCGCGGCUCAGCCAGUGAGGCUGGCGUAAAGGAGACUUCACUUUGGUAGAAUAGUUUCACCUAUUUCCACCUACUUUGCACAUGCAUUUCAAAAUAAAAGCUCUGGAUCACAUGCAUGGAAUAAUUUUGCUGUGGAGAAACCACAGGAUGCCAAACUCUCACCUUUACCCUCUCCUGCAGUGAAGGAAAAGAUUGUUUGUUGUUUUUUAAUCUAAUGUAUUUGAAGAUUGUAUAUUAUUAUUAUUAAUAUUAUUGUUAUUCGUAUUAUUGCACUGCAAAAAAGUGACACACCGGGCUAAAAUGUUAUCCUGAGAUUUUUGAAGUCGAUUCACUUCCUGCAGCAGAGAAGAUUCAGGUUUCAGUUUAACAUGCAGGUCGAUGAUUUUUCUCUGAAUAUACCGUCGAGUAUUUGUAAAAAACACAACGGUGACUUUGUCAGAUUUUUUUGCAGUGUGUACGAUUCAUCAUCAGGGCUACACUCGAUCUUCACCCGACUCCAACGUAAUGUAUUUCCUUUCAAUGAAUGUAAAGAAGUAAACAU